AUGUCAUAUUAUAUAACAUUAUUCUUCAUUUGCAUUUAUACUUGUUUGGGUCAAGAUUUAAUUAAUAAUCGAGUAUUACCAUUUAUUGAAGCGAGUAUUGCAACUGAAUCUGUUAGAACUGAUCCUGAUGAUCCAGCGAUAUGGAUUCAUCCAAAUCAACCUGAACUGAGUCUUAUUAUUGGUACAGAUAAAAAAACUGGUACCGGUGGUUUAUAUGUUUUUAAUCUUGAUGGUAAAAUUAUACAACAUAUUGAUAAUAUUGAUCGACCCAAUAAUGUCGAUGUUGAAUAUGGUUUUAAAAUAAAUGAAACCUAUUUUAUCGAUUUAGUUGUUUUUACUGAACGCUUACAAAGUCGUUUACGUAUUUUUUCAAUUAAUAUAAACAUUCGUCAAUUAUAUGAAAUAACUGGCCGCAAUACAAAUGUAUUUAUUGACAGUAUUGGCAAGGCUGCAGCUCCUAUGGGUCUUGCUUUAUAUAAACGACCUAGUGACAAGAAAUUUUAUGCUAUUGUAAGUCGGAAAUCAGGUCCUAAUUAUAAUUAUCUCGGUCAAUAUGAAUUGGUUUGGAAUCAAGGAUUGGUUGAUUUGAAAUUUAUUCGUUAUUUUGGUGAUUGCCGUGGAAGAGAAAUUGAAUCAAUUGUAGUUGAUGAUCAACUUGGGCAUGUUUAUUAUUGCGAUGAAUCUUAUGGUAUUCGAAAAUAUAAUGUUGAUCCAAGUACAAAUCAAACUGAACAAAUCGGCUUUAUAAAUACAACGAAUUUAUGGCAAGGUGAUUCAGAAGGACUUGCUAUAUAUACAACAUCCGAUAGAAAUGGUUAUUUGAUAACAACUGACCAAAUAAGUCGUGGAACAAUAUUUCAUAUUUUUGAACGUCAAGGAACAAAUUCUUAUAUAAAAUCAAUAAAAACUCGAGCUGAUCGUACAGAUGGUAUAGAAGUAACAAGUAAAUUUUUAAAUGAAAAUUUCCCUCGUGGUUUAUUAAUUGCAAUGAAUGAAUUUCUGUUAAAAAUCAUGUUUAUUACAAUCAAUUGA